CUGGGGCACACCCGCUUUUCUCUACUCCUCUUGCAGCGCCAGCUGGCGGCGGAGGCAAGGUGCGUCGAAUGCGAAGGCUUUGGGCGACGCCAGUCACAAAUCCACGCCGCACGCCAGCCUUGGCCAGCCUCGAGUCACAAUCGCUCACGGAGACUAAAACAUACAUAUACACACCCACAGUUUUGGUCCUCACUAAUGUCUUGGCAACUUAGCGCAACUGGGAUCUCAGCUGUAUGACUGGAUUGAAGGGGGGAAGCGAGGUGUCUUGGUGUCUCUGGUCUGUGGAGGUGGUGUCAAAGGCCAGGUUGGGCUUCAGUCAAUCAAAUCCACACGAGCAAACCGAUUGAAACGGGCCCCUCUCUCUUUUCAUCAACAAACAAAAAAAAAAAAAAAAAAACUCCGCCUGCCAGCGUUAGUCCAGUCGCUCUCCCUUCAUACCUUCUCCGCACGUCUAGCGACCGACCCUUCAACCCUCUCUGGCAAUUUCUUUCUUCGCCCAUAUCUUUCAAACCGCAACUUGGCGGCACGACUUAACAAUCUGGAAACGGGCCGUGAAUAAUCGCAGAAAAAUCAGAAGUCGCUAGCGACCGACACCAUACCGAUAGAAUUUUGGUCAAACCUCCAUCAACGGCGUAGUGGCCCCGUUGGCUCCCACGUCCAUCGUCACCAUCAUGAACGUUCUGCUCACACCACAACCGACGCCCUUUCCUCACCAAUACGAAACCUCACGACUAUCACCUCAACGAUCUCUUUCUCCCUACACAAACAUGACUUCCCGCAAGCGAAAGGCCGACGACAACGAGGGCGACGAGAUGUCAGUGUCGCCACUCAGCUCUCCUGCGAUUCCGUCAAGACAUCUUUCCAGACCCUCAAAAAAGAUUCGAGCCGCCGAGGCCUCGGGCCGUCCACUCCCAUUACCUAGGCUACUUGAGACGCUUGACACCACGCAGCUCCGAACGGUCUUGCAAAAAAUUUGCGAGCGACAUCCGGAUAUUGGACAGGAGGUCGUCAACGGCGCCCCGCGGCCUUCUGUCGGCUCGGCGCUCGGAAUCCUGCGAGACUACCAGCAAAGACUACGGGGAGCGAUCCCAUAUGGCCAAACGAGCUCAGACUAUACGUACUACAGGGUCAAGCAGCCGCUCAUGGCGCUUGUGGAUGCCAUUUCAGAUUUUACGCCGCAAUUCCUGCCGCCGAUAGAAACCCAAGUCACGGCCUCGCUGCAGUAUCUCGAUGGAGCGACAAAGGUUGUGCACGAACUGCCGGAUUGGGACAGCCAGGCUUACCGACAGCACAAAGACAAUGCAUACGAUGAGAUUUCGAGAGCUUGGGCUCUGGUCAUCACGGAGGCCUCAAAACGUGGCGGAGGCUUCGUCUUGCACACUGGAGGCUGGGAUCAGAUGCUGGCUAAACACAACCAACAGUCGGGUGGGAGACUAGGGUCUGCAAUGCAGGCCAUGGCUAGCAACGGCUGGAUCGGCAACAACAGCCCCAAUAACCAGAAUGCCUCGGCAUCGUCGUCGUCCGGCUCCGGAGCCGGAGGCGACCCAAACUCUAUCCUCAACCAGCUGGUGAACGGCACAUACGGAAAUCCUGUUCGUGUCGGGCCGUGGUAGGGAAACUGCCCGCCUUGAGCUUUCCAGGCUUAUCUCUGUCCACGUGCCGCAUCGUCUUCACUAGCCACGAAAGUUACGACUACUGGUGUUUACCUACUUUGUUCUCGGAAAGCUUUGUUUUAUCCGCAACCAGGAAUCGAUUUUUCUCUCUUUUUUUUUCUUUUGGGGGGUUGGAGUAUUUUAUACCUUGCUAUUCACGACGGCGUUUGCAUUUAUUUUGAGUCUGUCUUCACUUGUUUUUCCACCGGUAUCAUAACGCCAGAUAUCCGCCAUAAUUCCAUACCUCUUUCUGAUGUUUUUAUUCUUUAUAGCAUAUCACUUCUUAUUACUGUCACCUUGCAAUUUCAUGCUCUGCAUAUGGGAUGUCCUUCCACGAGGAACAUGUCCCGAUAGCAUUACAUUAUUUUCCACUCGCACAGCUGUCCGCAUCCCAUUCCAUAUUCAAUCAUGAACCUGCUGUUCCUUUUAUCACUGCUGCACUUCCAUUUUGCAUGUAUGGAAUCCCACAUAUAGGAUCGCUAAGGCAAAUAUAAGUACUUAGUUAACGCGUAAUGUGGUUGUC